UUUUCUUCCCGAUCCACUUUUCUUUCAUUCGCUUCACUCUCGAUUCAAAUCAAUUCCCACUACUACGAACCUACACCACCUCUCGCUCCUUCCCGCCGCUUGCCUUGCAUAAUAAUACUUACCACCUUACUACACCACACCACACCACACCACACCACACUACCCUUCUUCUCCAACAGCUUCCUCGCCUUUUCUCCACGACCAUCCACUUUACUAGGUAGUUGAAUCCAUCAACAAGUCUCUCAUAAGACACGAUCAACUCCUUCCCUUCCCUAGCCAUCGCCCUUCCUCCACCCUUGGCAAACAAUAGUCAUCCAAAUACUGUAUCGCAUCGCAAAGCAUCGCAAACCCGACUUUUGAGGGGAAUCAGAUAUCCUGAUCAAGACACUCCAUUGUCUUGAUCAUUUCAUUCGUACAAUUUCGCUCAAUUGUAUCUUGCGCUUGAGUACAACUGGUUACAAUAUCCCAUUUGGCAGACGUGCGCCAUUUCACAAAUACAACAUACAACAACACUACCUUUGUCCUCCUUCACCAUCACACAGUCUUUUAUUUCAUUACUUAAUCUCUCGCUCGAAUUCCUUUUACUCGUCCCACUGCUAGAGCAUUCGAUCAUCCGAUAAUAAUAAUUCCAAGACGAAAAUCGGAUCGUAUGAAUGCGACAAGAAUUUGAAGGGUGAAUAUACGAGAAGGCUCAAUCGCGACGAUACGCGCGCAAAAGUCAAUAAUAAAACAUUGAAGAGCACGGCCACAAUCAAUCUCCACAAAGGAUUUAUCUAACGAUACGCCGGGACCCUCAUCAAAUCGACUGGCUCAAAAUAGUUACUUUUCUUUACCUUACCUGGGAGUACCGAGUUGUAACUGGGGAUUCAACUUCUCAUUCGUUCAGGUCCAUCAUACAAAUCACAACCCUAGCUGUUGAUUCGACUCUCCAAGACUAUCAACCUCAAAUUGUUCAUGCAGGGCAUCCAUACGCCAGUCUAAAUCCAGAGGGAAUUUUCCGAGUUACCUUAUUAAUUGGGUCUGUUGACGUUGUGAGAUCAAUUCAAACUGCAAAUUGAUCUGAAUAUACCUAUUCACUUUGCGCGUCUCAAAUAAUCGAACGACUUUCUUUUCCUUGGAUCAUUCAACAAAACGUUCAUUUCUAGAUUUCGAUUUCUUUCUUACAACUUACAACCCACUUUCUUUCACAAUCUUUUCAACUUCCAAAUCUCUCCACCAUACUCAAUAUUUUGUAAUUCAAAAAUUGCAUUGCAACGAGUGAGAUUUCUUUCUGCCGCAUUGUACAAGAUCGAUAUUCAAAGCCAUAAAUUUCAAUUUCUUCGAUUCGCAUCUCUCAAUCGAGCUUCAGACGCGUCUCUCCUUACGCUCAAACACGAUGUCAGAUCAACAUGAAAAUGGGUCAACUACCCUUCCUCGGGGUUUCCGCUUUCAUCACAGUGAAGGAGACCAACCAACUACCCCGGAGCCAUUCAACCCUGUUGAUUCCGAGGGUCCACCGUCUCCACCCCGCCCAAAUCGUUUAAAGGUCAGACGACGAAAUGUGUCUAACUUUCAAGCACCAACCGAACAAUUUCUCGCUUCUGUUGCAGCUGCAGAUAUCCCUAUCCCUACAAUCGAGGAGCCACAAAUAGAUCCCCACGUAUCGUCAGAUUGCGAUAUGCCAGACCGAGGCCCACUUUCAAUCACUACAUCUUUCUUGGCUCCGCAUACAUACAAUUCAAGAUUCGCCUCACCUCCUAAAACUCCAAUACCUUCUUUGACCAUGGAAGAAACCAAUUUUGAACGUCCAGAUUGGACAAUGGGAACCUCAUCAAAUGAACUCGAUAUUGAACGACCAAGAUCUGCCGCGUCUCAUAGUUCUGAGGAUUCAUUCUACAGUGAAAGUCAUCUCUCUAGGUACUCUGAAGAUGGUAGUUGUACCAGUCCUGAAUCUGAUUGCGCCGAUCCAUUCUCAUUCCCAUCAUAUUCCAAAGCCAAGGGCAAGAUGCUCAGCGAUGGGGCCACCCAAUCUCAUGAUACCGUUCUCAACUCAAAGCUUCGUCGCAAGACUCGAAAAGAUGCACCUUGGACUUCAGCCAUGAGUGCACACUUAUGGUCGGUCUAUUUACUUUACCUCCAAGAUCCAGUUGUCACACCAUUUCGGAUUGGAGCUAGCUCUGUUCCUCCUGAAGGCGUUUGUCAUCGUGUUGCUCGACAAGCAAAGAAGAGUUGGAAAGGCCCCAGAGGAAUUUACAGUACCAAAACUUCAAAUCACACAUCACGUGCGGGAUCUUGUGAACACGGCGGCAUGGCAACUCCAACUGAAGAUCAACCACGAACAUAUACACAAUGGCCCCAUACAAGUUCGACUACUAGAGCACAUCUUCGUGAGCUUUGCAAGACUAAGGAUACUAGCGUCGUCCAACGACAUAUGCAUCUUCAAUCUCGGAGUCCUACACCUUUCACACAACAUAAUGCUCGUUCACGAUUCCGAACUCCCGAGCCACAAACAUCUGCUCCUACUUCUUUCAAUACCACAGAUAUCUCAUUGUCGUUAACGACGAGCACAUCUGAAACUAUGCAACCCAAUGGACCUCUAGCUCAACUUGCGACUACGAAAGAAUCUACCAUUUCUAGACCACGUAAAUCUGUUUAUCAACCUAGGGGAUGGACUCGAUCUCGUUCUACAAAUUUGAGCUUGGAUGAUUCAACAAGUCGUACCCUCGGAUCACCAUUUAUGGCUCGAACUUAUGGACCUAGUUCAACUAUGGAUGGAGCAUUUGAUGAACCUCGUUCUUCCAAUCUCCAAGUUCAUCCUGAUACGUUAUCAGGUCCAGUGCCUAUACCUCGUCUUCGAUCACCACUUCAAUUUGAUCGUCCUCGAUCUUUCAAUAAUAAGGAACAUAAGAGACGGGUUCAAAAUCAUUUCGAGAAUCUCAAUUCUGGUGGUGCUGUCCUGAAACCUAAUAGCAUGAAUGAACAGAUAUACGGUAUGCCUCUAUCAGGAAAUCAACAACGACGAGUCCGAACUAGAGCAUUCACUAUCGGCGAUGACUUACUUAGAAAUCGCAUGCCAGGAUUGUUUCAACCUCUCCCAUCAGAACCUGAAAAGACAGGCCUUGUUCCUGAUAUCAGCCCUUCACCAGCACCUCAACCAAAGCUACUUCCAUCAGCCACAUUUGAUGUCCCACGUUUACGGUCACCUUUUAUGGAGAAACCAAGCAAUACAUUUCCUCGACGACUUUUUCAUGAUCAAAAGGAACCUGUUAGAAAUUCUGGUGUAGCAACUAUGCACCAAACACGUCGCUCUAUGGAUUCUUCUGAUUUUGGUGAAAGACCUUCACUUCAAUCAAGACUUUCUCGGCUCGAUUCUAGGCUUGCCGAAAUUAGAGAAAGGGAAAUUGGGUAUCGAAAUCAAGAUGGCUUAUGAAUUUGCUGUACAACAGACUAUUGAUGAUUGUUUCAACGUCAACCUGGACACUUAUUUCUUUGUCUUGCAUAUUUGCGCAUUGAUAACACGAUAUCCCAUGAAUUAUACGCUAUUGCGCAAUCGGAGUUCAUUUAAUUUAACACAUUACCAGAAGUCGAGCUUUCAUCACUCGUACAAUCACGCCCUUAUCAUGGCAAUUAUAUUAUUCGCUGAGGCUAUAUGGCUUCUUCUUUUUAAUCGACAUUGUUUCUUUAUUUUAUGAAUUGCUCUUAUUUUCAGGCUGGAAAUGAACGGCACGUUGGGAAAUGAUUGUAAUGAUUCUAUGAAAAUGGAUUUGGGCGAUAUGACAUUUGUUUUUACAACGAUGGGAUGAUAUUUUCUUUUGCGUCAUCUUUUUGAUUUUACAACUUUACUUAUUGUGGUGGAUGGUACAUACUGGAUAUGGAUAUGAUAUUCGGGGGAUCGAUACUGUGUAUAAGGAAUGGGAAAUGGGACAAGUUUAGGGGUUUAUGUAGAUAUGGGAAAGGAUAUUAUGGCAAAAUAGGUUAAU